CCAGCGGUGGGACAGAGACUUUUUGUCUGUAAACUCGCUUUACCCAGAAUCUGUCAGCUCAGUGAACAGGUUCAUACAUCAAAAAUAGAUAUUACACGCGGUUUAAGAAUAUCUCUGUACGGUAAUGUGCUUUUGAUAACCGGUGGCGUGGCGCGUGAGAGUUAAUAGUCGGCUGCCUCUAAAGUUCUCUCAAGUUGUUCAGACUGGGGAAGAGAUAGGUACAAUGGUUCCUCAAAGAGACGAGCUUCAAUGAAAUAAUGGUUUCGUUCCUCAGUAGUAGGUGGUGGAGAUGGAAGUUCCUGAAGAUUCUUCCAGUUAUCCUGCUGCUGACGUGCCUUCCAACCUCAGUAGCACUGAGCUGCCAGACUAGCGUCAGCUGCAAUGUGGUGCUCACCGACUCCCAGGGCUCUUUCACCUCCCCCUGCUACCCCAAUGACUACCCAUCAAGUCAGGCCUGCAAGUGGACCAUACAGGCCCCAGCUGGCUUUAUAGUGCAAAUCACCUUCCUAGAUUUUGAGCUUGAGGAAGCGCACGGCUGCAUCUAUGACCGCAUCGUCGUCAGCACUGGCACAAGUGAUGUCAAAUUUUGCGGCUUAACAGCCAAUGGACUAACUCUCAACUCCACUGGCAAUGUGAUGGAGGUUUCCUUUAUUUCAGACUUUAGUGUCCAAAAGAAAGGCUUCCAUAUCAGUUACAAACAAGUAGCAGUGGCACUGAGGAACCAGAAGGUCUCUAUACCAAAGAUCAGCAAGAAUGUAGUGAGAGUGGUCAAUUCAGUCAAAUUCCCUGCACUUACUGCAUUUACUGUUUGCUUUGAGAUUGCCCGCACUGCCACAAAGAGCACAGAGACCAUCUUUACCUACACUGAUGCAGCUGGGACAUCGGUGUUAGCAUUUGAGAAGACAGUGAGAGGUAUGGAGCUGUUCAUAGACAGUUCCUACUGCUAUGUAAAUAACCUGAUCUCCAGCUCAGAUAUCAGCUCCAGCAUGAAGCCCAUCUGCCUCACCUGGACCAAGUCCUCUGGGGUUGUGGCAGUGUAUUUUCAAGGCCGCUAUCAAACCAUCACCUGCUCAGCCUCUCAGUUUUACACCAUACAGAGUGAAGGACUCUUCCAGCUUGGAGGAAAAGGGUCAAGUUCAGUUAGUGUGGACAACCAGAACUUAGAUGGUUUCAUAUACAAUUUUCGAUUGUGGGAUCAUGCCAUGGCCUACACUGAGCUAUCUGCCCUUACCUGUGAUGUAGAGGGCAACGUCAUCGACUGGGAUCAUGGCUUCUGGACAAUCCCAGGCACUUACACACAGACUGACAGCACACUCAGCUGCAGCACUGCCAUACCCACUCUUGCCCCGGGAACCCCUGGUUGUACUUCGCCUGGACUGGGCUGCCCAGGGAUUUGCUCCCAUUCGGACACAAGGGCAUCUGUCUGCAUUCAAAUUCAUCCUGAAGGUGUUCAGUCAGAUUCAGCUGCUGCUACUAACCCACCUCUGUCCAACAACAAAACAAAUGAGGGAAUUUUUUACAAGAUAUCCCUUGGGGUAAAUGAUGAACUAGCAAACACCCCAGAAAGAGAUGUUGAGACAGCGAUAGCUCAAUGGCUCAAUCAAACCUUUCAGAACUGGAACUACAGAGUUUAUGUUGAUAAUGUCAGGGUUGGACCUGAUACUGUUCUCUCAAGGGCCACAACUAUCCGAUAUACCUGCAUGGCCUUGCUGGUUUAUAUGAAAACCACAGAUGCAGUUCUAGCAGAGGCAGAGAUUGAGAACAGGCUGAGAAGUGCCACUGCCAUUGGAUAUGGUUUGAUAUUGGACAGCGUGACGGUAAACUCAAUGGAGAACUGCCAGCCAGAGCAGGUACCAUUCCACUACAAAUGGUCGGAGAGCAGACCCACAGUCACCCAGUAUGUCCCCUGUUUCCCUUACAAAGAGCAAAAUGCAUCCAGGACAUGCAUGAUUAGCCCAGAUAAUUAUACAUCAUUUUGGGCUUUCCCAGACCUCAGCAACUGCACUGAUAUAGAGGACAUUCAAGUUUCACAAGAGAAUGCAAUAGAAGUGGCUGUGCAGCUUGCUGAUAUCUCCAAUAAUGAGCUCUCUACGGAGGAGGUGACGAAGGUUGUCUCAAAGGUGAAGGAGCUGGUGAAUGUAGCCAAAAUCAACACCACUCUGGCCACCACUGUGGUCACUAUCAUCUCCAAUGUGAUGAUCAGCUCAGAUGAUGCUCAACUGGCUGCCUCCGAGACAGCGCUCAAAACAGUGGAUGAACUGGUGCAGAAGAUUGAGUUUGAUGGACCCUCUGUGACCAUCACAUCUAAAUACCUGGCUGUGGGUAUCUCUGCCCUCAACACCAGCAAUUUCAAUGGGACCACUUUUAGUGCAUUUAUGGUCACCAAUACGACAGACCCUCAGAUUGAUUUUGAGUCAGAGGCUCAGAACGCUUUGGCUGUGGUCACACUACCUCCCACUCUGUUACACAACCUGAGUAAUACACAAAUGGAAAGAGUGUCCAGAAUAAACUUCAUGUUCUUUAGCAAGACAGGACUCUUUCAGUACUUUGGAUCAUUUAUGGAUCAAAAAAGUAAUGACCUGUCCUUAAACAGCUAUGUGGUGGCUAGUAGUGUGGGCAACUUCAGCAUUAAAAACUUACAGGAUCCAGUCAAGAUAGAGAUCGCCCAUUUGGAGUACCAGAGAGAUCCAAAGCCUAUUUGCGUUUUUUGGGAUUUCGACCUCCGAAAUGGCACAGGGGGCUGGAGCUUUGAAGGCUGUAAAGUCAGUCUUGAGUCCAACAGCAACAGGACCGUCUGCUUGUGUAACCACCUCACACACUUUGGCAUUCUAAUGGACAUCUCUGGAGCUGCUGCACAGAUUGAUGAGAGGAAUAACAGGGUUCUCACCUUCAUUUCCUACAUCGGCUGUGGUAUCUCAGCCAUUUUUUCAGCCGCAACGCUGCUCACGUACAUCGCUUUUGAGAAACUGCGGCGAGACUAUCCCUCCAAGAUCCUGAUGAAUCUCAGCACUUCAUUGCUUUUCCUCAAUAUGGUGUUUCUCCUGGAUGGCUGGUUGGCCUCAUAUGAAAUGGAGGGACUGUGUGUGACAGUGGCUGUCUUUUUGCACUUUUUCCUUCUCACAUCCUUCACCUGGAUGGGCUUAGAGUCCAUCCACAUGUACAUUGCCUUGGUCAAGGUCUUCAACACCUACAUACGGCGUUACAUCCUAAAGUUCUGCAUUGUAGGAUGGGGUGUUCCGGCUGGAAUUGUUGGCAUUGUGUUGCUAGCAGGCAAAGAUUCCUAUGGAAAGCACUAUUAUGGGAAAGGCGAGAAUGGACUGGGCAUGUCAGAAUUCUGUUGGAUUCAUAAUCCGGUGGUGUUCUACGUGACGUGCGUGGGCUACUUUUCCAUGAUUUUUCUAAUGAAUGUUGCCAUGUUCAUCGUGGUAAUGCUCCAGAUCUGCGGGCGUAAUGGCAAGCGCAGCAACCGGACACUGCGAGAGGAGAUCUUGCGUAAUCUGCGCAGUGUGGUCAGCCUGACUUUCUUGCUGGGCAUGACCUGGGGCUUUGCGUUUUUCGCCUGGGGCCCAGUCAACCUGGCCUUCAUGUACCUCUUCUCCAUUUUCAACUCCUUGCAGGGGUUAUUCAUAUUUGUGUUCCACUGUGCUCUGAAAGAAAAUGUACAGAAACAAUGGAGAAGAUACUUAUGCUGUGGAAAGUUCCGUUUGGCAGACAAUUCAGACUGGAGCAAGACUGCCACUAAUAAUACCAAAAAAGUGAGUUCCGAUAACCUGUGCAAGUCUCUCUCGUCCAGCUCCUUUGGCUCCACUACAGCCAAUUGGACUUCUAAAGCCAAAGCCACACUAAACCCCUUUGCCAGGCACAGUAAUGCAGGUAAAAGUUUCUCCAAUCAGAGCAGUGCCAAAUGCAGCCCUUCCGAUGGAGAAGCCUCCUCGUCCAUCCUCCCUGUGCACCAGGUCCUGGACAAGGUGAAGGGCUACUGCUCCGUACGCUCUGACAACUUCUACAAAAACAUCAUUAUGUCAGACAGCUUUAGCCACAGCACUAAGUUCUAGGUUGAAGGGGCUAAGAUGAAGCCCUUCCGUGUCCCAAGACUCACCUUGAGUAAUGGAAAGACAGAAUCGUGUUAAUACACUACCAUAUUGAGCUAACCCUCCCAGCCUCCCUUUCACCCCUUCCCAACCAAAGUAGAGAAAUGUAUAACCCUGUAGAGAGGGCAAGCUAUGAAAGUGUGGAUUUUAUAUACUGUGAUAUUCAGCUUAUACUGACUAUGUGAUCUGUAAAUAUUCAUAAUAUAUUUUACUAUUUGUGCUUUGUCUAAUUUCUGUUUUGUAUACUUUCUUUUUUGCACAUUAUUUGGGGUCUUUUGUAGAUACAAAAUGUAUAAAUGCUUGCUACAACAUUUCUUCAACCUCUUUGUAGAGAAAGUGGGACCAUUUCAUGACCAAAGACUGUCAUAAAUGAGGAAUAGUCUGCUGUUCCUUUUUUAGGGACUGAAAGAACAAGAAAAAUUGGAGCUUGAAUUUUAAUCCUUGUGAAUUUUGCCUUUGUUGUUUUUGUCAGAGUUAGCUUUCCUUAUCCAAAGCAGUCAAGUAUGCAUUUACAAUGUAUAUUAGUGAACCUUUAAUACUUUUAUUUUGUAAUUAUUUAAAUGCUCUUUUUUUAGUCUUUACAUGAUCUACUACUGAAUAACGUGUUACAGAAAUAUUUGUCGUUUCAAUGUUUCAAUAGUUGUUGUUUUUUUUCAGUUUUGUUCAGCUGUUCCAGAAUUCUGCUCUAACAGAAGGUCAGAAGACCGAGAGCAGUCAGGUUAGAAAUACAUAGUAUAGUAAUUCAACCUUUCAAAAGCCUCUGUUAAGUGACAAUGGAAACAACAGCUAAAUACCAAAUUUAACCAGUAAAAUCUUCUUAUUGCUGUAGUUUAAUGACAUUGAUAUUUGGACCUGGUAUUUAAUUUUAAGGCUUUUGAGAUUUCUAUGCUCCGAUGAAGAUAGUGUCAGAGGAGUAAAUGCUUGCCUAAGGCUAUUCAGUUUGCUAGGGUCUUCAGUGUAGAUCAUCAUUGUAUAGCAUUUAUGGAUGCUUAAUGAAAAGGUGACAUAAUGAACAUUAAAUGCACUUAAGCCAGUUCUUGUCUGUCUUACAUGUUUGAAACAAUACAGUAAAACACAGGGUGAGGGUGCUUUUUUACAGGUAUAUAAAAGUUAUUUUGGAUAACAUGGAAACUGUUGUAUUGAUCAAGGCGUGGGGGUGCGUUGACAUGAAGGCUCUGUGUGUUGCUUGCAAGUGUCUAUGUGUUUAUGUGUGUGGGUAUGUAUGCCUGUCUGUGAAUGAGAGUAUGGUUGAGAGUGAGAGUGUUUUCCACAGAUAUUCAAAAUAACAGUAUAAAACUGUUAUAUUGAUCAAUUCACAGGGGGUGCAUUGAUAUCAAGGCUCUGUUGUAAGCGAGUCUCCACUUAUGUACAUAUGUAUGUGUGUCAGUGUAGUCGAGAGUGAGAGAGAAAGGAAGCGUGAUGGUACUUACCACAGAAAUUGAAAUAAAUUUAGGAUAUUAUAGAAAUUGUUUGUCAUUCUUAUCCAAUUAAAUUAGCCAAUCACUUCAUCUUAUUUUGUUAUUUUUUUGUGAGCCUGUUCUUUAAAAUAACUUAAAUUAUUUGGCAAAGUGACUUGAACUACUUCAUAGCUGAAAAAUAAUUGCACACCUCAGAAUGUCUGUCAACCAAUCAGAAUCAAGCAUUCAACAGCCCCAUGGUAUAAAUUACAAAUAAUGAAGA